ACUGUAGGCGUGUCUUCUCUGCGGGUGUACAUUGAGACAAUAUACCGAGGCCACACACAGAAAAGUUGUAUUCAGUAAGUGGUUUUUAAAUCCAGGUGUUGUCAUUCAGCACCGCAGAAACAUCUGGAUUUACGGAUCCAACAUCUGGAGCCACAGACAGCUGUUGAGGACGAGAUGUCUUUUUCUCUUCGCCACCGCCGCCUCCUGCUGCUGCUCUUCUGGAUCCUGCUGGUUCAGUUUCCUCAGGCUCAGUCCAGACCGGCCACCGAGGACACCGACACUGAGCACUCUCCUCACAGACCCAUCCUGCAGGCGGGUCUGCCGGCCAACCAGACGGCCGUGGUUGGCAGCAACGUGGAGCGGGAUGUCCUAGCGUUGGCGCCUCAGUGGGUAACGCCAGAGAAGAUGAAGAAGCGUUCCGUCGUCGUUCCUACCAGGAAAACCAUAAAGUUUCGGUGCCAAGCGUCAGGAAACCCCGUCCCCUCCCUGCGCUGGUACAAGAACGGCAAAGAGUUCAGGAAGGAUCAGAGGAUCGGAGGGUUCAAGAUCAGAGACCACGUGUGGACUCUGAUCAUGGAGUCAGUGGUCCCGUCUGAUGAAGGCAACUACACCUGUGUGGUGGAUAAUGAAUACGGGAGCCUGAAACACACCUAUCAGCUGUAUGUCGUAGAGCAAUGUCCUUACAGACCCGUCCUGCAGGCGGGUCUGCCGGCCAACCAGACGGCCGUGGUCGGCAGUAAUGUGGAGUUUGUGUGUCGAGUGUUCAGCCACCCGCAGCCUCACAUCCAGUGGCUCAAACACAUCACCGUCAACGGCAGCUGGGUCCGACCGGACGGACACCCGUACGUCCGCGUGCUGAAGAACACAUUAUUUCUUGCUCCUGUUUGUCAGACUUCAGGUUUGAACACGAUGGAUAAAGAAACAGACGUUUUGACUCUGAGGAACGUGAUGCUGGAGGAUUCAGGAAAGUACACCUGCCUGGCCGCAAACUCCAUCGGGUUUUCGUAUCACUCGGCCUGGCUCACCGUGAUCGACAGUACGUUCAAGAUCCUAAUAUAAACCCAGUAGAGCUCUGGGAUCUACUGACUCAGGUCAGAUAGUGGAGCCCAGAGUUCAGACUGAACAUGGUGAAGCAGCUUUUACACAACUGGAACAAACUACCAGCAGAACUGAAAUCAUUUUAAAAUCCAGGUUAAAUGAUUGAGCUCUUUCAAAGCCCUUUACAUUUUAAUCUUUCAUUUGCACUGUAUGUCCUUUUAAUGAUUAAUGAUUUAAUGAUCAUUAUUUUAUGCUGCACUCUCAUAUUUUAUGCUCUAAUUAUCAAUUUUUCUGUGCUUUGUUUUAUUUUUUUAUUAUAAUCGGGUUAAUUUUAAUGUUUCCAAUUUUUACUAUAAUUGUUUUGUUUUUUUAAUUGUGUGUUUUUAUGCUUCCAAUUCUUACUGUUAAAUGUUUGUUUUUAUGUAAAGCACAUUGAAUUUCCCCUGGGUAUUAACCCUCCUGUUGUCCUCCUGGGUCAAAUUGACCCCAUCUCUUUUGACUGUUCCUUCCUCCCUCUUUCUUUAAUUUUUCCUUCAUUCUUCCCCUCCUUCCCUCUUUCUUUGCUCCUUCCCCCUUCCAUACUUUUUUCCUCACUUCCUUCUUCCUUCCUUCCUUACUUCCUUCCUCUUUUCCUCCCUCCCUCCCUCCUUACUCCUUUCCUUCCUUCCUCCCUCCCUCCUUCCUUCCCUCCUUCCUUACUCCUUUCUUUCCUUUCUUCCUUCCUUCCUCCCUCCUUACUCCUUUCCUUACUUCCGUCCUCCCUCCUUCCUUACUCCUUUACUUCCUUCCUCCCUCCUUCCUUCCUUCCUUCCUUUCUCCCAACCUCCUUACUCAUUUCCUUCCUUCCUUCCUUCUUUCCUUCUUUCCUCCCUUCCUCCUGUCCUUCCUUGACCUGAGGACAACAGGAGGGUUAAAUGCUCUAUAUAAAUAAAGCUGCCUUGCCUAAAACCUGAA